UUGGCCGGGCUGGUGGAACCAGCAGCACGCACGCCGGCAGUGCAGUCAGUACAGGACUUGGGAGUGGCAAGAAGAAGAACUCGUCCAUUCCGUUGCCGUCAUCCACCGGAGAAGCAAGGACAAGGUUCUGCUGCCGUCUGACUUUUGCUCCCUGACCUGAACAACUUAAAAAACUAUCAAGAUGCCUGGCGGACUCGCAGAUCCAAUGUCCUUCAUGCAGGACUUUAUUGCUGGAGGAAUCUCAGCUGCCAUCUCCAAAACCGCUGUCGCCCCCAUUGAACGAGUCAAGUUGCUCUUGCAAGUUCAACAUGUGUCGAAACAAAUUGCGGCGGAUCAACGAUACAAGGGUAUUAUUGAUUGCUUCGUCCGCAUCCCAAAAGAACAGGGCGUCCUAGCUUUCUGGCGUGGUAAUUUGGCCAAUGUGAUUCGGUAUUUCCCAACCCAGGCGCUCAACUUCGCCUUCAAGGACAAGUACAAGCAAGUCUUUUUGGGAGGAGUCAAUAAAAAUGAGCAAUUCGGACGGUAUUUCUUGGGUAACUUGGCUUCUGGUGGUGCUGCCGGAGCUACGUCACUGUGCUUCGUCUAUCCUUUGGACUUUGCUCGUACUCGAUUGGCCGCCGAUGUCGGCAAAUCUGGUGCUGAGCGAGAGUUCACUGGAUUGGGCAACUGUCUCACGAAAACGUUCAAGUCUGACGGCAUUGUUGGGCUGUACAGAGGUUUCGGAGUGUCCGUUCAGGGUAUCAUCAUCUACAGAGCGGCGUACUUCGGCUUCUUCGACACUGCAAAGGGCAUGCUUCCCGACCCUAAAAACACUCCCUUCCUCAUCUCGUGGGCUAUUGCUCAGACCGUAACAACUGUGGCUGGAAUCAUCAGUUACCCGUUCGACACUGUCCGACGACGAAUGAUGAUGCAGUCUGGACGAACUGAUAAGCUCUACAAGAACACGAUCGACUGCUGGCGUAAGAUUUACCAGACCGAGGGAGGCAAUGCAUUCUUUAAGGGCGCUUUCUCUAACGUUCUCCGAGGAACUGGUGGUGCCCUCGUACUUGUACUGUACGAUGAGAUCAAAACCUUCCUUUUCUAAGCCAACGGAGAGUAGGAGCUGCUACUUGUCCCCUUCAUCAUUAAUGUGAACUAUAGCAAGCCCAGCCACACACACGUAGACUUAUUUCAAAAAUCUUAAUUAUAGAAGGAGAUGGUAUUCAGAGGUUCCCAACUGUAAUAAGAUAUGUUUUCGGCAACGUUCCAAUCCGUGUUAUGGAUUUUGGGAAAAUAAACACCAGAUUCAUUUAGAUUUUCAA